AUUCCAUCACAUACUAGCCGCCAAGCUACAUCUCGGAUUCUGAGAUAUCACUCUUAUUGGUUCCUACACCCCACUUCAUCCGCAACACAGAAAAAUGUUCGAAAACAUCGAAGAUAUGGGAGAUCUGAUAACGUCGGAUUUUUGUUUGAAGAAGAACAGUUUGCCAGCGUCGGAGUUUAACCAUGUGGUGACAGAGGAAAAAGAUACAGAAGAUCUUUUCGACAAUUCAGAAAAUAUUGCCAGGGUGUUGUUGUCAUUGGAUAGGAGUAAAAGUAAGCCAAACUCGUCAGAAGUUUUCACUAGCAGCAGUAGAAAACAGACCAAUUCAGAUAGUAACCAGAGCAGCAAACCUACCCAUUCUUACAUUGCUCUUAUUUCUAUGGCGAUACUGAGCACUUCAGAGAGAAAGAUGCUGCUUUCGGAGAUCUACAAAUACAUAAUGAACAACUUUCCGUACUAUCGAAACAAGGAAAAGAGUUGGAGAAACAGCGUUCGUCACAAUUUAUCUCUGAACGAAUGUUUUAUUAAGAAUGGCCGAAGUGACAACGGGAAAGGGAACUACUGGUCUAUCCACGCAGCAUGUGAGGAGGACUUCGCAAAGGGAGAUUUUCGUCGUCGCAGAGCUAGACGCAGAGUUCGCAAAUGCCACCGGGACGAAGAGCUUAUUGCGAUGCGGACAUCGUAUGGAUAUAGCGGUUACCUAUCAAUGUCGGCACCAGACCCAUACUAUAGUAUAUCGGCCUCGUGCAACGCAUUCGUACCAAUGUCGUAUCCAUCACCGUCCAUGCUGCCAAGGGGACUCUUCAAUGUUGACAACUUCUUGCAACGAAACGACGCAUUCCCUCACCCGUUAUACGCACCAUUUACGACGCGCACUGCAAGCAUUUCAGCACCAAGUAAUACUGGUUUGACGUCAUCCCAAACUGAUUUAUUUGGUUCGAACUCACAAUUACCUUCUUGGCAAGAUACGCUUUCCAGAUUGCCAACCAAUGUGAUCGGUUAACUGCACUGUUAAUGACUGUUCAUCUAUUCAUUCAAAUUGUUAUUUACAAGAUUUGUCUUUAUUGCACAGCUACGGCGAUGCAUGCAUUGUGUGUGAUUAUGUCCCAAGAAUUGCAAUAUUUGAGAGUGUUUUAACUUGUUUUUUUUUUUUGUAAAUUUGAGUGUAUUUUCAGUUUAAAUGCAUGGAGUAACGGCCAAACCGUUGUACAAUUAUUUACAGUCGUUACAUUGAAUCAUUCAUAUUCUACCCGCUCUACUUCAUCAGUUUAAUUUGUGUGCUUUUAUUAUUUAUAUGAAAUAUAAUCAAUUGAUAUUUGUGAAUUUCUAAAACUACGCGUGAUAUGACCUGCCACCAACAUUCUGUUUGAUUUGUUUAUUACUACCCUUCCAGGUCUACUUUAUAUAAAUGAUAUGUAGUAAUUGUUUCCGUAAAUUAUAUAAUAUGUAUUAAAAUAAAUUGAUUAUUAAUUAUAAAA